AUGGCCCAUCGCUACGAAUUUGGUGGACCCCUAGGAGCCGCCGCCAUCACCUUUGGCCUGCCGGUACUUCUGUACUUCUUUGCUUUCAACUGCAAUGAUGUCUCGGGCUGUCCGGUCCCUUCUCUUUUGAACCCUCGUACCCUUACUUGGGACAAAUGGGCAGCCGAGGCUGGGUGGCCUGCAGAUGGAAUCCGGAACCUCUUCAACUGGAAAGUCACCGGUAUAGUUCUGGCAUACUAUAUGUUGAAUUUAUUACUAUGGAAAUUUCUCCCUGCGCAACAAGUCCACGGCACUAAGCUUGAGCAUCACGGCCGUCCCCUUCAGUAUCGUAUGAAUGCGUUCUUUACCAGUGCCGUCCUCUUAUCCGUCUGUGCUGUUGGUACAUACCUCCAAGGCGCCGAAUUCCCGGUCUGGACAUACAUCACGGACCACUAUGUGCAGAUUUUGACCGCCAAUUUAUUGAUAUCUUAUGUACUUUCUACCUAUCUCUACAUCCGCAGCUUCAGCGUGGACACCAAUUACCCCAACGGGAAUCUCCGCGAACUCGCUGCGGGCGGUGAUACAGGAAAUUUGAUCUAUGACUUCUUCAUUGGCCGGGAAUUGAAUCCUCGGGUCACCCUCCCAAUGUUCGGAGAGGUCGAUAUCAAGACCUGGUGCGAGGUUUAUCCCGGGUUGACCGGCUGGAUCCUGCUCGAUCUAGCCUUUAUUGCCAAGCAAUAUCGCACCUACGGUUAUGUCUCCGACAGUAUCGUCUUCAUCACCUGUUUCCAAGCCUUCUACGUUCUGAACGGUCAGUACAACGAACCCGGCAUUUUGACCAUGAUCGAUAUUACCACCGAUGGCAUGGGUUUUAUGCUGUCAUUUGGCGAUCUCGUUUGGGUGCCUUUCCUGUACUCAACACAGUGCCGGUAUCUGUCCGUCUAUCCUCUGCAGCUGGGGUGGAUUAACAUCGCUGCUGUGAGCGGUGUUUUUGCUCUGGGGCUGUACAUCUUCCGGGCUGCAAAUAAUCAGAAGCACGUCUUCCGUACGCAGCCUACUGACCCGAGUGUGGCGGGAUUGUCGUAUAUCCAGACCAAGCGGGGAACCAGACUGCUCACGGCCGGGUGGUGGGGCUUAUCUCGCCAUAUCAAUUAUUUUGGCGAUUGGGUGCAGGCAUUACCUUUCAGCUUACCGACAGGCGUGGCUGGCUAUAUGAUUCUACCGGCGGGGAGUAUGGCUGUUUCUCACGGUUUCCAGAUGCUGGACGGGCGCGAGGUGAUCCAGGGGGAAGCCUACAGUUGGGGGUUGAUCUUCACCUACUUCUACGUGCUUUAUUUUGCAAUCCUACUGAUUCACCGGGAGCGUAGGGAUGAUGCCAUGUGUGCUGCAAAAUACGGAGAGGACUGGGAGAAGUAUAGUAGGACGGUGCGGUGGAGGAUUCUACCAUGGGUAUAUUGA